AUGAAGGAUGAAGAGGAUAGUGACAAAAAACAUGCUUAUGGUAAAUUUAAGGGAGAAGGAAAUAGUGACAGCUCAGAUAAUAAGGCCUCGUCAAACUUAGCAGUCCUCUUAUUCGGCUUAAAUUUAAACUCUGAUCUUGUGGUGUUGCCCUCAGUUAGUUCUUCCCCAAUGUAUGGCGAUUCCAACAGUAGGUGCAAUGACAGUUCUCCUGCGUGCACACCGUCAGCUGCGGAUUCAGCUGGUGGAGGGGAUGGUUGUGGUAGAGCUGGGAGUGGUGUUUCUGGUUCAGUGGGAGAGAGCAUUGAAGGAGAUGAACAAGAAGAAUCCUCUUCUUCACGAUUGGAAAAGUUGUCAAUAGAAGAUGCUCUCACAAGUUUCCGUGAACAGUGGCAACGCGAGUUGGAGGGUUCGCCACAUCGAGAUGUGGUAGUUGGUGACUCUGUUACCGGCACAAAUGAAACUGAUGAUUCUGGUGGCAUUGAAUUGCAGUUAGCUUUGUUUUGCUUUCCCUGUAUACUAUUUGGAGGGAACGAACUGUGGACAAAGACUGGAUUUCAAGAGUCAAAUCAUGUACCGGAGAGAAUGAAGAAACAUGAUGCCUCUGGAACCCAUGCAAGAACCAUGUUCUUGAAAGGUGUGGAGCAUGAACAAAGUGGUAAGCUGUAUGAAGCCAUUCAGUUCUAUCGUAGAGCUGUGCAAUUGGUACCUGAUAUUGAAUUUCGCCUAUACGAUUCCAGCAAGAAAGUGAAAGAGAGACUUGAGGAGGAACGUAAUUUGGAGGUUGAGCAUGUUUUUGAGCCAAGUGAAAUAUCUGAUGAAGAUGAUGAUAACUUGGAUUUGCUCACCCAUUUACAGAGAAUUUUUAAUAGAGUACGCUGUGUUUGUGUGCCACUCCAUGAGCAGCAGGCAACCCACAUUUCUGCUCUGCCAAUGGAGAUCAUAUUGUACAUAAUGAAGUGGGUGGUAUCUUCCGAACUGGACUUGCGGUCUUUGGAAAUGUGUGCUAGAGUAUGCCGUGGAUUCUACCUUUGCAGUCGAGACCCAGAAAUAUGGAGGCUUGCUUGCAUUAGAAUGUGGGGAGUAAAUUGUGGAGAUAUAACAAAUUACGGUUCAUGGCGCCAGAUGUUUAUUGAAAGGCCUAGACUCCAUUUCAAUGGUUGCUACAUCAGUAAAACUACAUAUGUGCGACAUGGGGAGAAUAAUUUUCAAGAUCAGUUUUAUCGGCCUUGGCAUCUGGUUGAAUAUUUUCGCUAUCUCAGAUUCUUUCCAGAUGGUGUAGUAUUAAUGUUAACUACACCAGAUGAUCCAACAUCUUGUGUUGGUUAUUUGAAAUACCGCACUAAUCGGAACCCCAGUAUCCUGCAAGGCCAUUAUCGAUUGCAAGACCGAAGAGUUGUUAUCGUUCUUAAAAGACAAGACUCUGCUUCAAAAUCAUUGCUAAAUAAUCGAUAUCGUCACAGAAGACGAGAUAGCAUACAAGACCUGGGAGAACAGACUUUCCAUGUAGAACUGCAGAUUGUCAGUUGCCGCAAACGCAAACAUGCCCAAAUGACAUGGCAGCUUUAUUCUGUAAUCACCAGAUAUCGUAAUGGGCAGGAAAGCACAACAAAUUUUGAUUUGCCUGCAAGUCGAUUUCCUCCAUUUUGGUUUUCACGUGUUAAAAGUUACACGUCAGAGUCCGAAAAUCCACUGCAGUAAAUGUAACAUGGAGUUAAUUGCACUACAAAGGUAGAUUGAAAAUAGUCACUUGCUGGUUUCUGAAGUUUUAGAAUAAUGCAGCAUUAUUCAGCUGUUAAAUAUUAUUUUCAAGAAAACAGUUUAUUUUCAAUACUUUAAAUGCACUUGCAAAGUGUUGGGUUAUGUAGAUGAAUUUCAAAGAGUUAUUUUAGUUUUUGUAUAUCUAGUGUUCAAAUAACAUUGAAUUGAUUUACUAUUAAUCUAAACUUAUAGAAUUUUUAUGGGGGCAAUAUAAUAGUAAGAAGUGGGGAGAGUCUUCUGAAUUAAUUUUGUUUUUAAGACGAGUUCUUUUCAUAAUUCAUAUCAAGUCAUGCGUAAUAGUUUUGUAAAUUUGAAUAAUGUUGAAAAGCUUUUUCAUUUUAAUAGAAUAACUCUAUUUCUCACAUGUAUAUUUUAUGACUAUAUUGUAUAUAUUCACAUGUGAAUAAGAGUUUAUUGCUUCAUUGAGGCAGGGAUUGUCAUAUUUUGUUUUGUGAUUUACGGAUAAAUUACCGUCCUUACGUAAUAUUAAAUGUUGAGGAUUUGUAAAAUACUAUUAUGUUUGUUUGCUUAAAUUUGCAUUUUAAAAUUUUCUUCAAGAAGUUUAUUGUUAUGAAGUACUAGUAGUUCAAAAGCCGCUUAUAAAAUGUAAAGAGAGACUAAGUAUUUUAGCGUAAUAUGAUGAGAGAAAUAUUACAUUUGAAAAUUAAUUUACUAUCAGGUAGAACAUUAUUUUUUUCAGUACUUGAUAUGCUCUUUUUGCAAUUAAUUUGCAAAGUUAAUAUGUGGGCAAGAAUUAUUUUUACAAGAACUCUUAACAUGUAAGUUGUGAAACAUGAAAUCACUGUAUUACAAUAAUGCUUGGUCCUAAUUAGCAUUUACAGAAAGCAUGUCUUGAAGUAUAUAAAUUUUGACAUUUUUUGAGAAAGCAAACAUCGGGAAAUGGUUAAAUUUCUCUAAUCAUAUUGAAAGAUCAUCAAUUCCAUAAGUUUUUUCACAAUGGUUCUAGAAAAUACUGAACCUGGAUUGCUCCAUAUUAAUGCUGAACAAUUCUGUACUUUCGGAAAUAUUCUUCAUAUGUGCUUGAAAUACAGAAAUGUUAAAUAAA